UCCCCGAGCGACGAGUCACAACCUCUCCACUCCCUCACUGAUGGCCUGCAAGAUCCGCCCCCAAUCCUCAACGAAAACGAAAAACAGGUCGACUGGACACGCUCCUACCACGGCCUCUCUUCCACACCUUUCACCCCCGAACAGGCCGCCAUCCUACAAGAGCCGCUCGAACUCGACGACAUUGAAAUCAAACCUGAUGGGAUUGUGUAUCUGCCGGAAAUCAAGUAUCGCAGGAAAUUGAAUCGCGCGUUUGGACCUGGGGGCUGGGGACUGGCGCCGAGAGGGGAGACAAUUGUGACGGGGAAGUUGGUGACGAGGGAGUAUGGAUUGGUUUGUGGGGGACGGCUCGUGUCGAUAGCCCGCGGCGAACAGCAAUACUUUGACCCCGAUGGAAUUCCUACUGCUACAGAAGGGUGUAAAUCGAAUGCUCUCAUGCGUUGCUGUAAGGAUCUGGGCAUUGCGUCGGAAUUGUGGGAUCCGCGGUUCAUCAGGAAGUUUAUGAAAGAAAUGGCCAAGGAGACACUGGUGGAGCAUGUGGUGACGAAGAGGAGAAGGAAGCAUUUCAUGAGGAAAGAUGAUGAGUUGAAAUAUCCGCUGAAAGAGGUU